CCGGGAGCUUCAGAGUCAUGCGCGACGUACAGUAUAUUACAAGUGUGUGUGUGAAAGUGUGAAAGUGUGUGUGUGCGUCGCGCCAUGGCGGUGGUCCGAGCUGCAGGGUCUCUGUGCAAACUGACAAGAAGCAAAUACUCUCACUUUUCCAGAAAUGGACACUGUAACCUUUCCGUGUCAGCUGCCUUACUUGCUCGCACUCAUGUUAAUUAUGAGAUUAAAGAUGACGUGGCGGUGGUGAGGAUCAAUGAUCCGACCUCUAAGGUGAACACUCUGUCGAAGCACAUGCAGGCCGAGCUGUCAGAGGUAAUGGGGGAGAUUUGGGGAAACGGAGCGGUAAAGAGUGCGGUGCUCAUCUCCACUAAACCGGGCUGCUUCAUCGCCGGGGCUGAUAUCAAGAUGAUCAAGGCCUGUGGGAGUCCAGAGGAAGUGACAUCGCUGGCGCGGGAAGGACAGAAAAUGUUCGAAAAGAUCGAGAAGUCGCCCAUCCCCAUCGUGGCGGGCGUUAAUGGCUCGUGUCUGGGCGGCGGCCUGGAGUUUGCAACCGCGUGUCAGUACCGAGUGGCCACUAAGAAUAAGAAGACAGUUCUGGGGACACCAGAGGUGAUGCUGGGACUCCUGCCCGGAGCCGGAGGGACUCAGAGACUACCCAAGAUGGUGGGACUUCCUGCGGCGUUCGACAUGAUGCUGACGGGGAGGAACAUCCGAGCGGACAAGGCCAAGAAGAUGGGUCUCGUCCACCAUGUCAUCGACCCACUGGGUCCAGGACUGAAGAGCCCGGAGGAGAGGACUAUAGACUAUCUGGAGGAGGUGGCUGUGGGCUUCGCUAAAGACCUCGCUAAUAAAAAGAUCACCGCGGAGAAGAAGAAAGGCUUGAUGCAGAAGCUGCAGGAUUCAGUGAUGGGAAUUGGUUUUGUGAGGCAACAGAUCUACAAAACAGUCACUAAUAAAGUCAUGAAACAAACCAAAGGACUGUAUCCAGCGCCGCUCAAGAUCAUAGAGUGUGUGCAGACGGGGGUGGAGAAAGGCUCAGACGCAGGAUACCAGAAAGAGUCAGAGAGCUUCGGCAAGCUGGCGAUGACGUCUGAAUCUCGUGCCCUGAUUGGUCUGUACCAGGGUCAGGUGGCCUGUAAGAAGAAUAACUUUGGCAAACCAGAGAGAGAAGUGAAGACCUUGGCGAUUCUCGGGGCGGGGCUUAUGGGGGCAGGUAUCGCCCAGGUAACCGUGGAUAAAGGUGUGGCCACCAUCCUGAAAGACACCGCACUGGAUGGACUGAGCAGGGGACAGCAGCAGGUCUUUAAAGGGCUGAACGACAGAGUGAAGAAGAAGAGCAUGACGUCGUUCGAGAGAGACGCGACUCUGUCGGUCCUGACGGCGCAGCUGGAUUACGGCGGCUUUAACAGGGCUGACCUGGUGAUCGAGGCCGUGUUCGAGGAUCUGAACAUCAAACACAGAGUGCUGAAGGAGGUGGAGGCUGUGACCCCUCCACACUGCAUCUUCGCCUCCAACACAUCAGCGCUGCCCAUCAGAGACAUCGCCGCAGCCAGCUCCAGACCUGAGAAGGUGAUCGGGAUGCACUAUUUCUCUCCGGUUGAUAAGAUGCAGCUGUUGGAGAUCAUCACCACGGAUAAAACCUCUAAAGACACCACAGCGUCGGCUGUAGCUCUCGGCCUCAAGCAGGGCAAAAUCAUCAUCGUGGUGGGGGACGGCCCGGGAUUCUACACGACUCGCUGCCUGGCUCCGUCCUUCGCGGAAGCGAUCCGAGUCCUUCAGGAAGGGGUGGGGCCGAAGAAGCUCGACGCCUUGACGACGGGUCUCGGCUUUCCUGUGGGCGUGGCGACUCUGCUGGACGAGGUCGGGGUGGACGUGGCGGCUCACGUGUCGGAUGAUCUUGGCAAGGCGUUCGGCGCUCGGUUCGGCGGCGGGAACGUGGAGGUGCUGAGGAGCAUGGUGCAGAAAGGCUACAAGGGUCGCAAAUCAGGGAAGGGCUGCUAUGUGUACGAAGCCAAAUCCAAGGACAAGAAGGUGAACUCGGGAGCCGAGGAGAUCCUGCAGAAGUUUAAACUAGUGGCGCCCCCUGCUGUGUCUGGAGAUGAGGACAUACAGUAUCGUCUCAUCUCUCGAUUCGUGAACGAGGCCGUCCUGUGUCUGCAGGAGGGAAUUCUGCCCGAUCCGGUUCAGGGAGACAUCGGAGCCGUGUUCGGACUGGGCUUUCCUCCCUGUCUCGGAGGUCCAUUCCGCUUCGUGGACUCGUUCGGCGCCGAUAAACUGGUCCAGAGGAUGAGACGUUACGAAGAGGCGUACGGAAGCCAGUUCAGCCCCUGCCAGCUCCUCCUCGAUCACGCCAAGGACCCCAAAAAGAAGUUCCACAAAUGAACCAGAAGGAACUUCACCACCGAGUACUAUAACUCACAUCCACAGAUACUGCAACACAUCCUCUGCAGCGCAGAACCUCUCAGUACGAGUUGCGUUAGCGAACCAGAUGUUUAGGCGGUCACAUGACCUCCUGCGUAAUCGUUCAUCGUUCUCUGGCGCAACCAGAAGUUUUUGUCGUACUGAGAAACGCAUUUAAAGAAGUUGAUUCCUGCCUCCACUUGAACACAGCAAUGCUUUUGUUUUUCUGAACUGUUGUUCCACUCCAUAAUUAAUAAAACAAUGUUUGAUCUAAGGAUUGUGUAAAAUGUAAAAACUUGGGGGGUUUUCUUUGUUCUUCUUCACCUUCGAGUUAGCGUUUUAUUUAAAGGGCUAAAUGGAGAAACGUUUGCUUUUCAUUUACCUUUCAUUGGUUGUGAAUAGAGUUUAAGACAAAAUAAAGUGGGUGUGUCCUAA